AAACAAAAGCAAUGGUAGACAAAGUAGGACACUUAGACAGCUCACCAAAUCAACACAAGAACAAAGAGUGUUUUUUAAUUCAUACUUCACAUGAUUCAACAUGUUUGAUUGGUUGAGUUCUUACUUUUUAAACCUAACAUGCCGUCCUUUAAUCAAAAAAAUUUCAACCCUUCAAAGAAGAAGUGUUCAGACAUGAUCCAAGACCACAAUGAAGCAAGUGAAGCAGAGGAUUUUCAAAUUCAUGUGUUUGUGUUAGUGUGAGAAACAGAGUACUCUGUUUUUAUGUGUUGUUAAUGGCACGGAUCAAAGGUUUUUCUGCAGCAAACCUUAGACAAAGAUGGGAAAUCUUGUAGCUCUUUAUAUUACAAUUUGUUGCCUUGCAUUCAUUGUAUCCAAGAUCAUCAUCUCUGUUCUUCUCUACAAGAGAUGGACAAGAAAGCACAGAGUAAUGGAAGACAGCAUGACAGGUGGGAAAAUGGUUGUUUUCAGAUCAUCGGCAACUCAGUCACUUACUUCCAAAGCAUUCAUGAAGAAGACGAUGAAGCUAACCAACAAGGAUAUUAUCGGUUCUGGAGGCUACGGCACAGUUUAUCGAUUAGUAUUAGAUCACAACACUGCAUUUGCUGUUAAGAAGUUGAACAAAGGCAGCAGUGAUAGAGAUAGGGGGUUUGAAAGAGAGCUGGAAGCAAUGGGGGACAUAAAGCAUAGGAACAUCGUCGUCCUUCAUGGAUACUGUAUGACAGCUCAGUAUAAUCUUCUUAUCUAUGAACUCAUGCCGAAUGGAAGUUUGGAUGCAAUGCUUCAUGGGAAAUUAAGUGGAGAGAAUGUACUAGAUUGGUCGACGAGGUACAAAAUUGCAGUUGGUGCAGCAAGGGGCUUAUCCUACCUACAUCAUGACUGCAUUCCGCAUAUAAUUCACAGGGAUAUAAAAUCAAGCAACAUACUGCUAGAUCAGAACAUGGAGGCAAGAGUAUCGGAUUUUGGAUUGGCUACACUGCUAAGACCGGAUCGAAGUCAUGUUUCAACUAUUGUUGCAGGGACAUUUGGUUAUUUACCUCCAGAAUGUUUUGACACGGGAAAAGCAACAACAAAAGGGGAUGUUUAUAGCUUUGGUGUCGUCUUGCUUGAACUUCUAACAGGCAAAAGACCAACAGAUGAAUCAUUCAUUGAAAAUGGCACAAAGCUAGUUACCUGGGUUAAAGAAGUAGCUGUAGAAAACAGAGAAGAAUAUGCAAUUGACAGUAACCUGGUAUCAUUUCCUGUCGAUGAAGUCAAGACUAUGUUUAUUAUUGCAGAAAAGUGCCUAGAGCCUGAUCCUUGCAAUCGACCGACCAUGUCUGAGGUUGUGAAGAUGCUUGAGCAAAUAAAAUCUGAUAAAUCAAACACUGCUUCCUAAAGCACCAUAUUUGUAAUUUUGUAUAUAAUUGUGAAUUUGUGAUUGUAAUCCUUAUUAAUUUCCUCUUUUAA